UCCCACCUCUCUCCUCUCUCAAUUACUAAUCAGUACUUUUUACCUUUUCUGCUUUCUAUUGAACUUCUCUCAGAUCCUUCUUCACUCUUCAGUGUUUCAUCUCUCCUACCAAAAAGACUCAUACCCUUCUUCAAUUUCUUGCCUUUAAUUCUUCUCUCUUAGUCCUCACCAUUUUAUGAUUUCUGGGUGGUAUCAAGAAUGAGUUCUUGAAAAAAAGCAAAUGGGUUUUUAGAUAAACUCGUUUUGCUUUCUCUCUUCCCUUCUCCGAUCUGGGUUUUGGUUUUAGUUUCAAUACCCAAGUAGCAAAAAACUAGAAAUUAGGGUUUUUAAGGUUUACAUUCUUGGUGAAUUGUGUUUAAAGGAAGAAACUUUAGUGGAGGAAUAGUAAUUCAGACAUGAUUCAGUUACUGUUUCUGGUUCUGUUUGCGGAAGGUGCGAUUGCGUUCUUACUGUUGGUAAAGAUUGGUCCUUUGAGGGAGCUUGUGAUUAAAAGCCUUGACCAGAUGAAGAUGGGUAAAGGUCCUGCCACUGUGAAAACUAUAGCUGGAACUAUGUCUGUUAUUCUCUUCUCUAAUCUCAUGAACAUAGUCAAGAUCCAGAACAAAGGUGCAAAGCUUGGGACUAUGUCUCCUAUGGAUCAGGUUCUUUGGAGAACACACUUGCUUGAAGCUUCUUUGUUGGGAGUCGUAUUAUUUCUCGGCUUCAUAAUUGACAGAAUGCAUCAUUACCUCAGCAAGCUAAUCAAUCUAAGAAGCAAUGCUGGGUCAUCGAAAGAAGAACUUGAACAGCUCGAGAAAGAAAGAACCGAACUGAAGGAGAAAGACGAGAAAGCAUCAAAGGAAAUCAAGAAGCUGCAAGAAAAUUUGUCAUCUAUUUUAGAGAAACUUAAGAAAGCAGAGGCUGAGUCGAAAGAGAAAGAUAAGAAACUCGAAACCGCUGAAACCCAUGUCGAGGCACUCCAGAAACAGUCUGCAGAGCUGCUUCUAGAGUAUGAUAGAUUGCUAGAAGAUAACCAACAUCUCCAAAGCCAAAUCUUGGGGAAAACAUAGAGCUGAUGUUAAGAUUGUAUGUUGUCAUUUAACAGUGAUGAUUGGUGAAGAAGAAGUGAGUUUAUGGAGAGUAUUGCAGUUGCAUGAAUUCUUGCAACAUUUUUGCUUUUUAGGAUAUUGAAAUGUCUUUUAAAACGGGUUCUUGUUUCUUCUUAACUCUUUGGUAUGUUUUGUCGACAAUUACAUCAAAAUUCAUGUUGAGUA